AAAACCCAUCACUUCACCUUCCUAACAUUUUCAAAAAGUUCAUCACUCUAUAGAACACAAUCAAAAUUUCCCUUUAUCAUAUAACUAUUGUUUCAUUCUCACUACUUGUAAUUGUAACUAAAACAAACAUAAAUACCCAUUUCAAUUUUCAACACAAGAUUUUUUUUUUUUUUUUUAUCAUAAUCAAAACAUGAUCAAAGCUAGAGAAAACAAACUAUUAGCAGGAGCACCACCAUCAGCUGAUCUUUUAGUAUGUUUCCCUUCAAGAGCCCGUCUUACUCUCAUGCCCAAGCCCAUUUGCAGCCCAUCUAGACCUUCCGACCCCAUUAAACGUAACCACCACCUUAAACGGAUCAACACCCGGGCCGCCGGUGGGUCAACUGCAGGCCCGAAUAGUCCAUUAAUGUGGGGUAAAAACAACCAAAUGAGGCAAGAAAUAGCGGAACCCACGUCCCCAAAAGUGACUUGUGCAGGGCAGAUUAAAGUAAGGAAUAAAUCAUCUGCUGCUUGUAGAAAUUGGCAAUCAGUAAUGGAGGAAAUUGAGAGAAUUCAUAAUCGAGGAAAAAAUAAAAAGAAAUCAAAAUGGGUUGAAAAUUUUGGGUUUAAAAAAGAUGUUAUGAAUUUUCUUACAUGUUUGCGGAAUAUUAGAUUUGAUUUUAGAUGUUUUGGGGGGUUUCCUAAUCAAACCGAGAUCUCGUCAGAUGAUGAAGAUGAAGAUGAAGAAGAUGAAGAUGAUGAGUUUGACAUUGGGGAAGAUAUGGUUACUAAAAAUAGUAAUGAUGAUGAUAAGAAGAGUGCAGUUUUCUCAAAAUGGUUUAUGGUGUUACAAGAGAAUAAGGGAAAUGAUAUUUCUAAAAUUAGUAAGCAAACAUUUGUACUAAAAGAGGAGGAUACAGAUAAGGAUAAGGAUGAGGAUGAUGAGUCAGCACCGGCGGUGCCGCCGCCGAAUGCUUUGUUAUUGAUGAGGUGUAGGUCUGCACCAGCUAAGAGCUGGAUGGAGGAAAAACGAGAACAAGAACAAGAAGACGAACAAAAACAAAUAGGGAAGGUUGAAGAAGAAAAAAAACAUAGGAGAAGAGAAAGUUUGGGAGUUUUAAUGAAAUAUGAUACUGAUUUUUAUAAUUUAUCUUCAGAAAUUGCUCAAGAAACUUGGAUUGUUGGUGAUUUUCAACAUCAUUUUUCAAGGAGUACAAGUUGGAGGAGGUGAUUAUCUUCAUUUUCAAAACUCUUUGUGUUUAUUUUUUGUUUUUUGUGGGUAAAGUUUUUUUUUUGAUGGGUUUUUUCAAUUGUUUUUAUUUGUUUGAAUUGGGUUUGCAAAAUUAUAAUUUUUCAUUUUUUAAGUUUUUUUUUCAUGUUUUUUUGUAUAUUUUAGUAAUUUUUUGGUGAAAAGUGAGUGUUUUUAUUUGUACUUGUAUUUUCUUGAGUGUGUACUUUAUAAUCUUGUACAGUUGAAUAUCUUUGUAAAUUGGAUAUAUGAUCUAAAUAUACCAACUGAAAUAGAGCAAUGUAUAUCUA